GUUCCUUGCUUGAAUGGCGGGAUUGCCCAAUCCGCCGCCAGCUCCAUGGGCAUCUACGGCGUCGGCGUCGACCUGGUCAAGACCGCGCGGCUGCGCCAGUCCUACUGCGCAUACGGCGACCGCUUCCUGAAGCGGUAUCUGCACCCCAAGGAGAUUGCCCACUUCAUGACGCUGCUCGCGGACGACUCUGCGCAGGGCGUGACCAACCAGACCCAGUUCCUCGCCUCACGGUGGGCCGUCAAGGAGGCGACGCUCAAGGCCUUCAAGUCCUGGCGCAUCCUCUUUCCUGAGGUCUACGUGGACAAGCAAUGUGCCGCCGUGCCGCCUCACGUCGCCGCCACGUCAGGACUUCCGCCGCGCAAGGCGUCACCGGUCGUGCCCGUCCUUACGUUUGACGGUACAACCCACUCGCUCGCGUCGGCGCUGGCCAUUCAGCACACGCACGUGACGAUUUCGCACGACGGCGACUACACGGUGGCGACGGUCGUCUUGGAGACUUAGAACGACAUCUUGCGGCCCAGCCCGUCGUAAUGCGCGUGAAUGAAGCUCAUGAUCGCAUCGA